AUGAGGCUGGCCAGCUGUGUGGCUGACCUACGACCCCCACACCAACACGAUGAGCUGCACCUUUGCCGCAAGCACACCAAAGAAACCAAGUCAGUGACGGUGACCCAACCCAACGAAAAGAAAAAUGAUGACCAUGUUCAGAACUGCCUUGGGAAAGAAGGGAAGGCCGAUGGUGGACUUAGAGUGGCUCUGCGAGCUGCCUGGGUGCUUAACCGGCCUUUCACGGAAAGUGAGGUUUUAAAGGAGUGCAUAGUCACCGUUCUGGAGGAACUUGCCCCCGACAAAUCCAUGGACAGAGUUAUUGCAUCUGUCAAACAAAUACCUCUCUCUGCUUCAACUGCUGCAUGUCGUGUACACGUCUUGGCAGAGCAUGUCCAGCAAGCUGUCAUUGAUGGGAUCAAGGAAGCCAAAUACAUUUCGCUGGCUAUUGAUGAGUCCACUGACAACACGGAUAUUUCACAGCUGUGCGUUUUUGUCAGAUACUUUGAUGGCAAAGAUUUCCGAGAGGAGCUGCUGGCAUUGCUUCCGCUGGAGGACAACACCACUGCUGACAUCAUCUUUGGAAAACUGGAGAAUUUUUUUAAAAGCCAUGGAUUGUCCCUGGAUAAAAUCAACCUGACAGUGACAGAUGGUGCACCUGCCAUGACUGGCAAAAACAAGGGUCUGGUGAGCAGAAUAAAGACUGUCGUUCCUAAAACUAGCGCACUUCACUGUAUUAUCCAUCAAAGCAUGCUGUGCGCAAAGCCAAACGGGGAGCUCAAAGAGGUGAUGGAGAAAACAAUGAAAAUUAUUAACCACAUCAGAGGAAAUUCAAGCACACAGCACCGCCUGUUCCGCAAAUUUGUGCUCGAAUCCCAGGCUUCUCAUGAUGACCUGUUGCUCCACAAUGGCGUGCGCUGGCUCAGUAAGGGCAAAGCACUGGAGUGCUUCAUUGAACUCCGUGCCCAAGUAGUGGAUUUUUUGAAACAAAGUAAAUCAAAAGCGGCAGCUGACCAUCUCCGCAUCAUGCAAGACAGAGAAUACAUGUGCAACGUUGCGUUUUUAACAGACAUUUUCUCCCAUCUGAAUACACUUAAUCUCCAGCUGCAAGGAAAAGAAAAAUCAGUGGUGGAUUUGGUGGAAAAACUUGAUGCCUUUGGGAACACACUUGAUCUGUUCCACGCAGAUUUGUUGUCAGGGAGGCUGCUGCACUUCAACACACUGAAGACGGUGGAAGAAAGCAACGUAACAGACAAGAUGAAGACAUUCAUCACACAAUUAAAAGACAACUUCUCUGCUAGAUUCAAUGACUUUUUCAUUUCCAGGGAUGUCAUUGGAUUUGUGCGUAACCCAUUCACCAUCAGCCCAAGCGGAGAAUUCUCCACAAACGCGGUGAAAAUGAUGCCGUUGGACGAGGCGGCCAUUCAGAGUGAGCUGGCUGAAAUCCAGGCUGCAGGCGACAUGAAGGCUGCUCUCCGUGGUGCUGAAAGCCUGAGUGCAUUUUGGGUGUCUUGUCCCGAGGACUAUGGCACAUUGAAGACGCUGGCUAUGUAUGUGCUCACCAUGUUCGGUUCAACCUACAUCUGCGAGGCUGCGUUCUCCAAGAUGAACUCGAUAAAAACACACGAGAGGAACCGACUGUCAAACCAGUCUUUGGGGAACUGUUUGCGCAUAAGUCUGACAGCGGCCAAGCCUGAUGUGAAAAAGUUGGUGUCAGAGGGGAAAUGUAACUUCAGCCAUUAA